AAUGUGCGCACCCACCGUCGCAAUUCAAAGCCAUGUUGUCAGCCCAGUAGGCCAUUAUUCACAUUCCAGUCUCAUUUUCACCUUCCUGGCAGUGUAGGCCUCCUGCAGGUCCCGGGAGUGGCUUUUGGUGACCUAAGGGUGCGCCCUGAGCUGCUGACACACAGCUGCGCAAUGAUCGAGAAUGAGCCUCCGAGUGGGAUCUAGGACAAUGGUAAAUAGGAUGUCUAAGCGAGUCAGGCCCGGCUAUUACCGCCAAGAAGUCAACAAAACCUCGUGGGAAGUACCGGAGCGCUACCGGGAUCUGAGGCAGGUGGGGACGGGGGCGUAUGGGACGGUAUGCUCAGCAGUGGACUCCAGAACAGGCAGCAAAGUGGCCAUCAAGAAGCUGUACAGACCUUUCCAAUCGGAACUCUUUGCCAAGCGGGCUUACAGGGAGCUGAGACUUCUCAAACACAUGAAACACGACAAUGUGAUUGGCCUAUUAGAUGUGUUUACUGCUGACAUCUCUCUGGACAUAUUCCAUGACUUUUAUCUGGUGAUGCCAUUCAUGGGAACAGAUCUGGGGAAGCUGAUGAAGCUGCAGAGGCUGUCAGAAGAAAAGAUUCAAUAUUUGGUUUAUCAGAUGCUCAAAGGGCUGAAGUAUAUUCAUUCUGCUGGUAUAAUUCACAGGGACCUCAAACCAGGAAAUCUUGCCAUCAACCAAGACUGUGAGCUCAAGAUCCUGGACUUUGGUUUAGCGCGGCAGGCAGACAGUGAGAUGACGGGGUACGUGGUGACUCGCUGGUACAGAGCCCCAGAGGUCAUCCUGAGCUGGAUGCACUACACUCAGACUGUGGACAUUUGGUCUGUGGGCUGCAUCAUGGCAGAGAUGCUGCAAGGAAAACCUCUUUUUAAAGGCACAGACCACCUAGACCAGCUAAGCGAGAUCAUGAAGACCACAGGAACACCAACGCAGGAAUUUAUAUCAAAACUAGAAUCUGAAGACGCCAAAAGCUACAUCAAAAGUCUUCCGAAAAUGGAAAAGAAAGACCUUCGGAAGAUGCUUUCCACAAAUAAUCCACAAGCUGUGUCUGUACUGGAGUGCAUGUUAUUGCUGGAUCCAGAGAGCAGGGUCACCGCUGCAGAGGCCCUCAAACUGCCGUUCUUCACCGAGUUCAGAGAACCAGAGGAGGAAACGGAAGCGCAGCCAUACGACCACUCGCUAGACAACACAGACCUACCCCUGGGCCAGUGGAAACGUCACACCUUCACUGAGAUCUUGACCUUCCAACCAGUUGUGCCAGAAUCCAAGGAAACCUCACUCUGAGACAGGAAGAGUUGGCUGUGCAGCCUGGGGACCAGAACAAACUAACAUGUCUCCUUUUCUAUCUCAAGUGGAAAAACUCUUUGAUCACAUGGCUUAAUGAAUACCAGAGGUGUGCAAGUACAAGCUUGUCUUUUGGUCAUUCCAGCUGUGGAUUUGUCUUUAUCUUUCAGCAUCAUGUUCGUCUGGUAGCUUCGAUUCUGACUGUAGGAUCAGACCUUCUCAGCGUGUCCUGAGUGCUGAGUAUGCUAGUUCAGUUGCUGUGCAUCCAAUUGUAAUAUUCUUUAAUGAGUAACUAAGUCAUCAACGAGUUCUGGGUUAUGAGUUUGUAUUAUUUGAGCUACUUGUCCGAGUGGUACAUACGUUCUCUGAGUUCUUUACCAAAUACAUCACUACCUAACAGUUGGUGUCAAGUACAAAUCAAGAAAUGGUAGUAGACAUAUUUUACGUAAAGAUGCAUAAUUUGAGUGUCAUUUGUCUCAGUGGUAUAAGCAUAAUUUAAAGGUAACGGAACAUUUCAUCAUGCUGCAAAGAAAACCUAGUUUAAGAUAUAGAAAAUUACUUAGAUUGGCAGUAAUUUUUUUGUAAUAUAUUGUUUUGGGACAUAGCUUCCCCUGCGUUGACUAGAUAGAUAGAUAGAUACUUUAUUAAUCUCCAAAGAGAAAUUUACAGUUCCAGCAGCUCAAAGGGUGGAAACACAAGAGCAUGCAAAAUAAUAAUACAUGUCUCUAAAUGACAUUUGAUUGGAAUUUUUUUUUUCGUGUGCGUAUGUGUGCGUGUGUGUAGUCUAUAUGUCUGAUUUUACCUUGUUAUUCCUCCCACUGGCCUUAUAAUAACUACACAACAAAAAUACUGCGAAGCUGCUAGUCAUACAAAAUCCAUCUCAGCUCAGCAAUUACAUUUUAAUGUCAUACCAAAAACUGAUGUCUCUCACAUCUGAUUAUGUUGAUUUUUAAACAGAAAAUUGCAUAAAACACAUGAUCCAUGUUGAUUUGUAAAUGUACACGAGGCAUUUUUUAUUAAUAAAGAUUCUCAUUUUC